UGUCUAGGCUCAGUGGGAAAAGAGUUAUCAUGGGGUUGUGUUGGGUGGCCAUUGUGGAUCAGUGAGAAAGCUCUCCCAAAGAUAAUUCAACAUUUUUUCUCUUUAUUUUCUUGGUCAUUUAUAUUACUACUACUAUUAUUACUAUUUUUUUUUCUUAUUCUAUAAGGUGGUUUAUUCUUGAAUGAUUUAUCUGAUAUUGAUGGAUUCUGAUUUUUUUAUUUUAUUUUUUACAUUCACUGAGUGAAAAUGAAAUUGGAAUUCAAGUCUCUCAACCAAACUGGUAAUUUUCUUGAACUGUUAGUUAAAUUCCAUUUGGGUUUCCUUGUUUUUUUUUUUUUCCUUAGCUCCUUUGGUCUUUUAGGCCAUCUGGUUCUGACUUCCCAAGUUCAGUACAUUUAUGACAUCAAUCUCCGGGGGGUUGUUUGGUUGCUGUUUGUUGUUGUAGCUGUUUAUGUGAUCUGAAUCUAUUCCAUUCCUUUUGUUCCUCUCUCUCUUCUGGAUUGCUGGUGGCAACUACAUGUUUCAUCUGUCGCUUGCUUUGAUCCCUUUCUCAAAACUCAUGCUAAGACAAGUUCUUCUGCUCUCCCUUUUGAUGCUCUUCAUUGUUACUCACCACAGAUUCACCACCUGCACCUCUUGCCAUUUCAUGCUUUGUAAUUUCUCUUUCACUCAAUUCAGGACAAGUAUAAGUUGACCCUUAUCUCAAAAACAUAGUCUUUUGGUUUGUCCAGUUCAGUGGUUCACCUCACACCCUUUUGUUCUUCAUCCAUUUGGUUUACCCUUCGUGGUGUGGACCUUGUUUGUGAGAUGAAUAUUGGUGGUUAUUAUUGAGGAUUGACUACCUUGGAUGGAACUUGUUUGUUAUGUGGGUAUAUAUUGUCUCAAAUCAGUGUGAGUUAGCUUGUGAUUGAUUGAUUGAUUGCAAGGUUUACAAGGUCACAAGGAUGGUGUCAAAAUCCUAUUCAAACCUAUUGGAGUUGGCCUCUGGAGAGGCUCCGUCAUUUGGGUACAUGAACAGGAGAAUUCCAAGGAUUAUGACUGUGGCUGGGUUGAUAUCUGAUGUUGAUGAUGACCCAGUGGAGAGUGUGUGCUCUGAUCCGUCGUCGUCAACCGCGCACCGAGACCGGAUAAUCAUGGUGGCUAAUCAGCUUCCCAUAAGGGCUCAGAGGAGACCAAAUGGGAAUAAUAGGAGUUGUUGGUCUUUUGAGUGGGAUGAGAAUGCACUUCUUCAGCUGAAAGAUGGGUUAGGGGAUGAUGAUAUUGAGGUCAUUUAUGUUGGAUGCCUUAAGGAGGAGGUUCAUCCAAGUGAACAAGAUGAAGUUUCACAGACACUUCUUGAGACCUUCAAGUGUAUCCCGACUUUUCUCCCCGCUGACCAGUUUACUAAGUACUAUCAUGGUUUUUGCAAGCAGCAGUUGUGGCCACUGUUCCAUUACAUGUUGCCCUUGUCACCUGAGCUCGGUGGCAGGUUUAAUAGGUCACUGUGGCAGGCUUAUGUGUCAGUCAAUAAAAUUUUUGCAGAUAGGAUUAUGGAAGUUAUUAACCCUGAAGAUGAUUAUGUGUGGAUACACGAUUAUCAUCUGAUGGUGUUGCCGACUUUCUUGAGGAAGAGAUUCAACAGGGUGAAACUGGGCUUCUUCCUUCACAGUCCAUUCCCUUCAUCAGAAAUAUAUAAAACAUUGCCUGUUAGGGAAGAGAUCCUGAGAGCCCUCCUUAAUUCGGAUUUGAUCGGCUUCCACACUUUCGAUUAUGCGCGGCAUUUCCUCUCCUGUUGUAGCCGGAUGCUUGGCCUUACCUACGAAUCCAAGCGGGGAUAUAUUGGGAUUGAGUACUAUGGUAGGACUGUUAGUAUCAAAAUUCUUCCUGUCGGUAUUCACUUGGGUCAGCUUCAAUCGGUUUUGAGGAUGCCUCAGACUGAAGAAAAAGUUUGCGAGCUCAUUAGACAGUUUUCUGAUAAAGGCAGGACAUUGUUGCUUGGUGUGGAUGACAUGGAUAUUUUCAAGGGAAUAAGUUUGAAGUUGUUGGCCAUGGAGCAGCUUCUCAUUCAGCAUCCUGAGUAUCGGGAAAAGGUGGUGCUGGUCCAGAUAGCUAAUCCUGCGAGGGGGCGAGGGAAAGAUGUGAAAGAAGUGCAAGCCGAGACGAAGGCCACGGUGAAACGAAUUAAUGAAACAUUUGGGAAACCCGGGUAUGAUCCCGUCAUUCUGAUCGAGGAGCCUCUCAAGUUUUAUGAGAGAGUUGCUUACUAUGUUGUCGCGGAGUGUUGUUUAGUCACUGCAGUAAGGGAUGGAAUGAAUCUCAUACCGUAUGAAUAUAUCAUCAGUCGUCAAGGAAAUGAAACCUUGGAUAAAGUUUUGGGUCUAGCUUCCUCCCCUAAGAAGAAAAGCAUGUUAGUUGUGUCUGAAUUCAUUGGCUGUUCCCCAUCUUUAAGUGGAGCAAUCAGAGUGAACCCCUGGAAUAUUGAUGCAGUAGCUGAUGCAAUGGACUCGGCGCUGGAAAUGGCUGAUUUGGAGAAGGAGCUUAGGCAUGAAAAGCAUUAUAGAUAUGUUAGUACUCAUGAUGUCGGGUACUGGGCUCGAAGCUUCUUGCAAGAUUUGGAAAGGACCUGUAGUGAUCAUGUGCGACGAAGGUGGUGGGGGAUUGGUUUUGGAUUAAGCUUUAGAGUUGUUGCGCUUGAUCCAAACUUCAAGAAGCUCUCAAUGGAGCACAUAAUUUCAGCUUACAAGCGGACGGCAACUAGGGCAAUCCUUCUUGACUACGAUGGUACACUAAUGCCUCAAUCAUCCACCAUUGAUAAGAGUCCAAGCAGUAAAUCCAUUGAAAUUCUUAGUAGUUUGUGUAGAGAUAAGAACAACAUGGUUUUCCUUGUUAGUGCUAGAAGCCGAAAGAUGCUUUCUGAAUGGUUUUGUCCUUGUGAGAAUCUGGGAGUUGCAGCUGAGCAUGGUUACUUUCUAAGAAUGAAGCGAGAUGAAGAGUGGGAAACACAUGUUGCGGCAACAGACACUAGUUGGAAACAAAUUGCAGAACCUGUAAUGAAACUUUAUACUGAAACAACCGAUGGAUCCACCAUUGAAGACAAAGAGACUGCACUUGUUUGGUGCUAUGAGGAUGCAGAUCCAGACUUUGGAUCAUGCCAAGCUAAGGAACUUCUCGAUCAUCUUGAAAGUGUGCUUGCAAAUGAACCAGUAACGGUCAAGAGUGGCCAGAGCAAUGUAGAGGUUAAACCACAGGGUGUUAGCAAGGGACUAGUGGCCACACGCCUACUUUCUGCCAUGGAAGAAAAGGGGAUGUGCCCUGAUUUUGUUUUGUGUAUAGGCGAUGACAGGUCUGAUGAAGACAUGUUUGAGGUAAUCACCAGUUCGAUGGGGAGUCCGAUCGCGGCAAAGGCCGAGGUAUUCGCGUGCACGGUUUGUCGAAAACCCAGUAAGGCUAAGUACUACCUGGAUGAUACAACUGAAAUAGUGAGAUUGCUUCAGGGCUUAGCCUGUGUUUCAGAACAAAUAGACAAAUAGUUUCAUUUUCUUCGGAACAAAAAAUAGUUUGUUAAGCUCUGGGAACAAAGGUGGUGGUGGUGAUGAGAGGUAUUAUAAAUACAUUGUACUUUGCUUUACUUUGUCAUUGAGGAUGUAGGCUCAGUUGUGCUGCUCUUAAAAUCUUAAUACACAAUUAAUAUUAUUGGUUUCCUUGAUAUUCCAUGUAUAUUAUCCCUAGUUUUUACUGAGAAAAGUUCUGUAUCGGAUUCUGCUCCUUAAAAUGCUUGAUUUCUAUCAGGAAAACUUGUACAUAUAGUAUUAUAGUUAGUUGGUUUCUUUCCAGCCAUGAACUCUUGAACAUUCCUUUGACCCAUGGAUGUUUAGAUGUGAACAUGAUGCUGUGAAAUGGUAUGUGUAUUA